GCGGAAGCCGACAAACCCGAGGCGGGAGUUGAACGCGAGGGAUGUUUUAAAUUUGUGCUCAACUGUCGGAUUUUGUUUUACCUUCGAUCGACAUCGUUUAACAUCGAUUAUCGGAUCGCGGCGAGCGAGAGUCCCCUGCAGUGGCUGACCACGGACUUGAGCAUGGCAGAGAGGGUCUCGGGCCUCUCCCCUUCCCCAAGACCACCUGCAAUUCUGCUCAGCAACUCCGCAUUGAGUGGGAGCCCAGGGCAGAGCGGUGACAUCGGCUUCCACAGAAUUCUGUCACAGCUGAAGGAGUUUCACAACCGCAAAGUUGAGGCCCUGCUCGACAAGAUCAACAAGCUCAAGCAGGAGCGCUGCCUGGAUGCACUGACGCUGGAAGAGGUGUUUGAUUCAAACCGGCGUCUCAAAGAGCAGCUCAAAAGGCAGAAGGAGACCAUUCGGGAGCUGCAGCAUCAGUGGCAGUCGGGGGUCACGAUCCAAGAGGAGCCCGGGGGACACGGUGACAAUGAGGGUAACAUCAACAACGACGAGGGCAACGACAACGCCGAGGGUGCAGGCUCCAAGGGCAGCAUGUGGGGCAGAGAUGGACAGCAGCUGGGCCGCACUGCUGCCCUGCGACUCAACAAGGGCAGCCCUGUGCGGAAGCGCGUACGCUACCGCCACCACUCGCUGGAGCGGAGCCACGAUUAUCCCAUGGCAACACUGCGCCAGCAGCACCAGAGGAGGCAGCAGAAGGAGGAGCUUAUCUUUGUUCCAGACACUCUGGCUCUGGAUGUACCGGAUGUGAAGCGCCGCGUGAGUGGCGUCGGCACGGCUACCAAAUCACCACUACCGCCGGCACGAGGUACCGGGCCAUCCCCCCCAUGGGGCCCAAGCACCCCGGACGUCUGCACCACGCCAUUGCCUUCCGAGCUGGGUGAUGACGGUCCCCCAGCACGCGCACCGGAGACACGCUUCAUCUUCACACCCCGUUGUGGACGCAAGCCCCCCAGGGCGUGCGGACACACGGGGUUGUUGGGGCCUCUGCACCACGGGUCGCUCCAGGCGGCAACACCGACCUCGCCUGACCCGGCCUCCGCGGAGACUGACGCGGACUCGCCGUCGCUGCUGGGCCGCAAGCUGUCAAGCCAGGAGCCGCCUGCACCGCCGGGGCCUUUUACCGUCGCUUCAAUCGAAGAGGCGCAAGAUGUGGGGACCACGCCACCCGACGCGGUCCCCGGCGUGAUGCGAGACUUUGCCGAUUGGAAGAUCCCAGCUGCAGAGGCGGUGUGGUGGCGGAGGGGGCAGCGGCGGGCAACGAGCGACGACUGGGGAGAGCCGGGGCGGCGAGCCUCAGGGAGCCGAGUGGCGACUGGGACCUCCCCCCCGCUGGAAGCGCGAGGGGCAGCGUCCGUGCUCACCUCCUCGGGCGCCGCAGCUGCUACUCCGGCGGCGGAUACCGAUGGGGCCGAAAUGAUGCUGUGGCGCAUUGACCCCUCCGCUUGCCUCUCCCAGUAUGAUGAGGACAGCCCGACGGCACAGGCUCCAAGAAGCCCCCGUUUUGGCGGAAGUGCAUCAGAUGUGAGAGAUGGAGACAGCAGCAACGACGACAAUCAUGGCCCGGAGGACCUGAGCGUGGACUGCACCUUUGUGAACGAGAGCGUGCUGCUGAGGCACAGCGGUGCAAUAGGGCGGUACGACGACGGCGGCGGCGACGCCAUGGUGACGUCCUCCCGAGCAGACAGGCGCCCUGUCCAACAGGCAGCUUGCUGGACACCUACAACCCCGAGCAGUGGCCGCAAGGGCUCCGCAGCCGGCAGAGAGACCACGUACAUUUGCAAUGACAGCCUGGACGACCUCUUUGACAGAACCUGUGAUGGAGAGGAGUACGUGUCCUUCUGCCUGAAUGACCAGUCGACCGUCGCUCACCCACGCAGUAAUGACCAGAAGAUCAUCGCUGACCCACGAAGCUCUGACCAGGAGACCAUCGCUCACCCACGCAACUUGGCGCGGAGCAGCCCGGGUUUGCGUACGUGGAUGUGGUGCGGAAUAAAGACGAGCGGAGGAAGCUGCAGGGCUUCUCCUGCAAGCAGUGCGAGAACGCUAUUUAAAAGAGGAAGACGAACCAGCCAAUCGCGUGCGUCGCAAGCGGCCGUACAAGGCCACCUUCUCACCUGCACGAAAGUGAUCUGCUGGCGGACAGGGGACAGGCCCAACUAUCGGCGUCGCUCCGGGACAGAGUCUUCCUCCGCCCUCACUCCUGGGCUGCAAUGCCACGGUCCACACAUUCCUGGCGAGCCACGCAAUAGAAAGAUCGCAUGCGGGCAGGUCACGUGACAGUGUUGUGAUGUCAUCACCUGGCGCCGUGAUGUCACGUUGCACGCGUGUGCAUGCACACGCAACCCACUAAUCACAUCCUCGCCUUUAGGUUUCUUCUCGUCUUGUUCUCUCAUCACUUUCCUCUUCCCUCUGCAGCGCUGUCAUUCCCUAUCUCUUGGCGAGAUGCUAACUACCUCGCCUGGUAUCCAGGAGGUCGUGGGUUCGAUCCUGACCCUGACGCCUGCUGUAUAUAUUUGGAGUUUGCGUGUCUGUCUCUCGUUGUGGUCGCGUGGAUUUUUCUCCGGGUCCUCCGGAUUUUCCCUCCACGUUUCGAAACACGCGUUUCAAGUAUUUGCUAUAAAUUUACACACGAUGAUAAGCCACUUUGUCGAGCUAUCAUUUGUGAUGGCCAGGUCGCUUCUGAAAAAUAACUUGCACAACUCGGUGCGCCUUAACUGGUAAAAAUAAAAACUUGUUUAAUAGCUUUUAGUUUAUGUACAUAGGUUGAAUUUAUUUCACGCCACCCGCGUAGCCAACCAUGUAUCUUUUAACAUGGGAACUUUUUUCCCAAUAUGAAAAAAUAAGAGUUGGUUUUACUCUUUCUGACAAUAAAACUAGUGUUAAGAUGUUAAGACAGCGCAUUUAUCAAAGCAUGUUUUGUUUGCAUAUACGUGUGGUUAAUGCAGACAUGAUUCCUUGCAAAAGGUUUCUAUUUGGUGUUUGAACAUUUUAACGCCUGCUUUAUUGCCAGAAAGGAUAGAACCCAUUCUUAUUUUUUUCACACGUGUAUCUUUUGUCCGUAUCCACUUCAUCUCGUCCGGCCGUCCCACUGAGAUUGUCCGCCAGUUGAAGAACCCUGAUCCGCACGGUCCUCGGAUUGCAUGUCAGAUUUUAUUUUUUUUCGUUUGACACUGUUGGGAACUCGAGAGGCGUAAGCGCCGUGGUGACGUUACCGCCAUUUACAUUUACUGGCGAAUGGCGGUUGUUGCCGCCCUAAGGCAGCUCACCUCUGUAGAUGAGCUUCCUUCAGGCUCCCUCCAGUGGAGCCGAUUCUGCUAUCAGUGGUAUUGACGAGCAAUUGCAAGGGCUGCGCCUCUACUGUGAUCACUGAACAAAUGUUUUCUUGUACCACGUAUAUUUUUUAUACUGCACGGUGCUGUCUGAACAAUAUGCCAUGGGGCUUAUAGAGAAACCCCCAAAUGCGACCGCAUCUCAAGACGCUUAGACAAACGGUAAGAAUAUUAACUUCAGAGGCGGUCAUAAGGUCUCUGCGAGUCUGCGGGUGUCCGUGAGUAUGUGGUCUCUAGGCAGCAGUGCAUGUCGCUUAACACCCACUCCCUUGUGUGCCACAAUGCCGGCCUUCAUUCUGAAGAGUGACCACCUGAGGGAUCCGAAAUGGCGGGAGCAGUCCCUUCAAGACG